CAGAGAGGCCGUCGUAAAUAGAUGCUGGAGUCCGUCGCAGGAGAUCGGAAGUGUCGAACCCGUACGUCGCGUUUCGAGUGAUUUUUCCUGGUGAAAAAUAGUGCAAAAUCGGAAAAUUUUCGCUAAUUGUGAUUGAAAACGGUCGUGUGCAGUGCAUUUUCAUUGAUUGGAGUCGCGCGAGGGUUGGGUGACACCCCAGUCGUGUUUUGGGGGGUGGCUCGCCGCGGGUAGCGCCCUUAUCUGUCAGCAAGGAUAAAGGGAAAACCGUCGACGUCUGUUUUCCGCACAGCCCCUAGUACCGUCUUCGCCGUCGCGUGCGUCGCGCAACCGUACCACUGCCGCCGUCGGUCUCGUCGUCGUCGCCGUAGCCGCAGUGUUUCUCGUUCGUCUCGUGUGCUGAUCUUUAGGAAGUAGUGUCCACAGGAAAUAUCAAUCUUCCGUCAGCUCCCCUUUGGGGAGAGUUUUAGUGAAGUACACGGUACCAGUCGACGGAUUUGGGUGUGUGAUUGUGCCGGAGAAGAAGCAAGAAAUAACAACAGAAAAGUGAGAUUGUGAAGUGUUUGUGGGGAAUUGAGCAGAGCAGUGUGACGAAGAGAUCGGAAUAAUUUAAUUGGAGCAAACGCAUCUGCUGAUACAGUGCAAACUAGUGGCACUCUGGUGAAGAAUCUGCCGUCAGAUUAUACCGCGAUGGCUCGGUGCCUGGGUGGGGAUACGGUGACAAUGUUCGCACUAGUGUGUAUGGUUUUGCUAAGUGGCUUCAAUUGCUUAAACGCGGUCGAAGCAGCCUCCAAGGUGGACGACUCGAAAGGGCCCGUCUUCCUCAAGGAACCCACCAAUCGGAUCGACUUUUCCAACUCGACCGGAGCGGUCGUCGAAUGUAGUGCCACCGGAAAUCCACCCCCGGAAAUGAUCUGGAUCCGAAGCGACGGAACGGCCGUUGGCGAGGUGCCCGGACUGCGCCAGAUUCUCCCGAAUGGAAAUCUGGUUUUCCCGCCGUUCCGUGCCGAGGACUACCGUCAGGACGUGCACGCCCAGGUCUACGCUUGCAUGGCCAAGAACCAGUUCGGAUCGAUCAUUUCGCGGGAUGUCAACGUACGAGCCGUCGUCCAGCAGUACUACGAAUCGGAGGUGAACAAUGCGUACGUCAUCCGCGGUAAUGCAGCGAUUCUCAAGUGUUCGAUCCCUUCGUUUGUGGCCGACUUUGUGACGGUGGUCUCGUGGAACGACGACUCCGGAAACGUGUACCAAUAUCUGGGCAACCGAAGCCGUCCGGACGAAUUCGAAACCGACGGCAAGUACAUGGUCCUCCCGUCCGGAGAGCUGCACAUCCGUGAGGUUGGCCCCGAGGAUGGCUACAAGAGCUACCAGUGCCGUACCAAGCACCGGCUGACCGGGGAAACUCGGCUUUCGGCCACCAAGGGACGACUGGUGAUCACAGAGCCCGUUGGUUCCAAACCGCCAACGUUCUCGUCGGAAUCGAAGGGUAGCAUUUUCGAAAAACCGGCCAACAGCAGCUUUGCAUUGCUCUGUCAGGCACAAGCCUUUCCCGUUCCGAUCAUGAGGUGGUACAAAUACAUCGAAGGAACGACUCGCAAGCAAGCCGUGGUGCUGAACGACCGCGUCAAACAGGUCUCCGGAACGCUGAUCAUCAAGGAUGCCGUCGUGGACGACUCCGGCAAGUACCUGUGCGUUGUGAACAACUCGGUCGGUGGAGAAAGUGUCGAAACCGUCCUAACGGUGACGGCUCCGCUCACGGCUAAGAUCGAACCCCGCACCCAGACGGUGGACUUUGGCCGACCGGCCGUGUUCACGUGCAAGUUCUCCGGCAAUCCGAUCAAAACCGUCAGCUGGAUGAAGGACGGCAAAGCGCUGGGACACAGCGAUGCCGUGCUGCGGAUAGAAUCGGUCAAGAAGGAAGACAAGGGCAUGUACCAAUGCUUCAUCCGAAACGAUCAGGAAAGUGCCCAGGCCAGCGCUGAACUGAAGCUGGGAGGACGAUUUGACCCACCGGUGAUCCGAGAGGCUUUCCCCGAGGAAACCCGUCACCCGGGACCCUCCGUCUUUCUGAAGUGUAUCGCUGGCGGUAACCCAACGCCGGAAAUCUCCUGGGAACUGGACGGAAAGAAAAUCACCAACAGCGAUCGGUACCAGGUCGGACAGUACGUCACGGUCAAUGGGGAUGUCGUUUCGCACUUGAACAUCACAUCGCUACACUCGAACGAUGGCGGUCUGUACAAGUGUAUCGCCAGCAGUAAGGUCGGGGUGGCAGAACAUUCGGCCAAGCUGAACGUGUACGGUUUGCCUUAUGUGAGGACCAUGGAGAAAAAAUCGAUUGUGGCCGGUGAGACGUUGAUCGUGACGUGUCCGGUCGCUGGGUAUCCGAUCGAUUCGAUUGUUUGGGAGAGAGACAACCGACAACUGCCAAUCAACCGCAAGCAGAAAGUGUUCCCCAAUGGAACGCUCAUCAUCGAAAAUGUAGAACGGAACUCCGAUCAGGCUACGUACACCUGUGUGGCGAAGAACUCAGAAGGCUACACCGCUCGGGGGACGCUGGAAGUUGUUGUCAUGGUGCUACCGCAAAUUGUGCCGUUCAGCUUCGGCGACGAGCAGGUCAACCAAUUCGAUAUGGUGUCGACGAUGUGCACGGUAAACAAAGGUGACAUGCCGAUCGACAUUAGCUGGGAGUUUACAUCGUCCCUGGUGGAACCGCGAGUUCCCCGAAAGCUCUACACCAACGACGGGGUUCUGCUGAGUAGAGGUAGCACCCGUAUCAGCACCCUCAGCAUUGACUCGGUGCGGGACCGUCACAGCGGAAACUAUACCUGCCGGGCGAAGAAUCAAGCCGGCGCAUCGGAAUACACUGCGGUCCUAUCCGUCAACGUUCCACCAAGGUGGAUUCUCGAACCUACCGAUAAGGCUUUCGCACAGGGCUCCAACGCAAAGGUCGAAUGCAAAGCCGACGGGUUCCCGAAGCCUCAGGUCAGCUGGAAGAAGGCGAUCGGUGACACCCCCGGAGAGUACAAAGAUCUUCGCUCGAACGACUCGAGCAUCCGCGUCGAGGAAGGAUCGCUGUUCAUCAACAACAUUCAGAAAUCGAACGAAGGUUACUAUCUUUGCGAAGCGAUCAACGGUAUCGGCUCCGGUCUCAGUGCGGUGAUUCUGAUCAGCGUACAAGCUCCACCGGAGUUCACCGAGAAGCUACGAAACCAAACGGCCCGACGAGGCGAACCUACGGUACUGCAGUGCGAAGCCAAGGGCGAGAAACCGAUCGGCAUUCUGUGGAACAUGAACAACAUUCGAUUGGACCCGAAGUCGGACAACCGCUACACCAUUCGAGAAGAGAUUCGUCCAGAUGGAGUGAUGUCUAGUCUGUCGAUCAAGCGUACCGAACGAAGCGAUUCGGCCCUAUUCACCUGUAUGGCGACCAAUGCUUUCGGAAGUGAUGACGCCAGUAUCAACAUGAUCAUCCAAGAAGCUCCGGAAAUGCCCUAUGCGCUUAAAGUGCUGGACAAGUCUGGCCGAACCGUACAACUGAGCUGGGCUAAGCCGUACGAUGGAAACUCGCCACUGAAGCGGUAUAUCAUUGAGUUCAAACGAUCGCGAGGAACCUGGGAGAACGACGUUGAUCGUGUUAUCGUUCCUGGUCAUACCAACGAAGCUCAAGUGCAGAAACUCAGCCCAGCCACGACUUACAAUAUCCGAAUUGUCGCUGAAAACGAAAUCGGAGUUUCUGAUUCGUCGGAAGUUGUCACUAUCAUCACCGCUGAGGAAGCACCGUCGGGUAAACCACAGGCCAUCAAGGUAGAACCAACCAAUCAGUCUACACUCCGAGUAAGUUGGAAGGCUCCACCUCGUGCUGAAUGGAAUGGGGAUAUCCUGGGUUAUUACGUGGGAUUCAAACAGACUUCGCAGAACUCGUCUUACAUCUACGAAACGGUAAACUACUCAUUGGAAGGCGGCGAGGGUAAGGAGCACAGUCUAGAGAUCAACAAUCUGAAGACCUACACUCAGUACUCGAUCGUAAUCCAGGCCUUCAAUAAGGUUGGCGCUGGUCCAAUGAGUGAAGAAGAGAAGCAGUACACCGCCGAAGGAACUCCAGAUCAGCCUCCAAGUGACACCAUGUGCACAACACUGACCUCGCAAACCAUCCGGGUUUCUUGGGUUAGCCCUCCACUAGAAUCGGCCAACGGUGUGAUCAAGGGUUACAAGGUAGUCUACUCUCCCAGUGAGCUGUGGAAUGAUGACAAGAACAAGGACUACAAGAAGACUGCCUCCAGCGAUACUGUCCUCCACGGUCUUAAGAAAUACACCAACUACACCAUGCAAGUCUUGGCCACCACUUCCGGAGGUGACGGCGUCCGUAGUGCUCCAAUCCACUGCCAAACCGAACAAGAUGUUCCAGAAGCUCCCACCGCAGUCAAAGCCCUAGUCAUGUCCGAAGGAUCCAUUCUGGUUUCGUGGCAACCCCCAUCUCAACCGAACGGAGUUAUCCUACAGUACACGGUCUACAUCAAGAUCGGCGAUCAGGAACCCAAGAGCCACAAAGUGCCUUCCUAUCAGAUGAGUUACGAAGCAUCCGGAUUGGAGAAGAAUCAACAAUACGACUUCUGGGUGACGGCAAGUACAACUAUCGGCGAAGGUCAGCGAUCAAAGACCCUUUCAGCUAUGCCAAGUGAUAAGGUCCCGGCAAAGAUCGCCUCAUUCGACGACACGUUCACUGCUACCUUCAAGGAAGACGCCAAACUGCCUUGCCUUGCCGUAGGAUCUCCGACGCCCGAUAUCACCUGGAAGAUCAAGGGACAGGAAUUCGUUCCCAACGAACGCAUCCGUCAGCUACCGGAAGGAUCCCUCUUCAUCAAGGACGUCAUCCGACAGGAUGCCGGAGACUACACGUGUACCGCCGAGAACUCGAUCGCCAAGGACUCCAUUACCCACCGACUGAUCGUCCUUGCUCCUCCACAGUCACCUCAACUGACGCUCACUGCCACCACUACAGACUCCCUGGCCGUCAAGCUAAAGCCCCACGAAUCGGACACUGCUCCUCUCCAGGGCUACACCCUCCACUUCAAACCGGAAUUCGGCGACUGGGAAACCAGUGAUGUCGCACUGGACGCCCCGAAAUACACGAUCGAGAACCUGUACUGCGGAUCGCGGUAUCAGGUGUACGCCACGGCUUACAACACAAUCGGUGCCGGCGAACCGUCCGAUAUCCUCAACACCCGAACCAAGGGCUCGAAACCUCUGCUGCCGGAAAAGUCACGAUUCAUCGAAGCGUCGUCCAACUCGAUCACGCUGCAUCUGCCGGCCUGGAAGGACGGAGGCUGCCGGAUGUCGCACUUUGUCGUCGAAAAUAAGAAGAAGGACCAACCCGAUUGGAAUCAGAUCUCGAAUAAUGUCAAACCCGGUGGCAACUUUGUUGUGCUCGAUCUGGAACCCGCCACGUGGUACAAUCUGCGAGUAACCGCUCACAACAACGCCGGAUUCACUGUGGCCGAGUACGAAUUCGCUACCCUUACAAUCACCGGAGGUACAAUCGCCCCGAACGUCGGUUCGAUCCAGCCGGGGGUCAUCUACCCGCCCUGGAUCCCGCACUGGAUCGACCUGAACGUGAUGGUGCCGCUGAUUGCGACCAUCAUCGUGGUGGCGGUGGGCGUACUGGUGAUCUGCGUAGCGAUCUCACGCCGACGGGACGACGAUCCUCGCUGCGGACCGAAGGAUGUUUAUUAUGACGUCGUUUACAACCAAUCCAUGGGACCGGCUGGAGCCGCCACGCUGGACAAACGCCGGCCAGACAUUCGCGAUGAGCUGGGUUACAUUGCACCACCGAACCGGAAACUGCCUCCCGUGCCGGGCUCCAACUACAACACGUGCGACAGAGUGAAACGAGGAACUGUGAUUAGCCAUAAUCCUAUCAAUAAAUCCAACCACUCAACCUGGGACCCCCGUCGACCGCUGUACGAAGAACUGAAAAACGUUCAAGCUCCGGCCCUACCGAGGAGAUGUAACCACCCGCCGGCUUGCUACGGCAUGGAGGACGAAAUCUGCCCGUACGCGACGUUCCACCUGCUAGGAUUCCGCGAAGAGAUGGAUCCCACCAAGGCGAUGAACUUCCAGACGUUCCCGCACCAGAACGGCAUGGGCGGCCCGGGCCACAUGGGCACGAUGGGUUCGAACAUGGCCAUGCAGGUGCCGAACCACGUGCACUCGCGCUCCGGAUCACAGUCAAUGCCACGCCAGAACCGGUAUGCACGAAAGAACAGCCAGGGAGGACAGAGCAGUAUCUACACGCCGGCGCCCGAGUACGACGACCCGGCGAACUGCGCCGAGGAGGAUCAAUAUAGGCGAUACACUCGCAUCAACUCCCAGGGAGGAUCGCUAUAUUGCGGACCCGGACCCGAAUAUGACGAUCCGGCCAACUGCGCACCGGAGGAGGAUCAGUAUGGAUCGCAGUACGGUGGCAACUACGGAACACCGUACGAUCACUACGGAUCGCGGGGAUCCGUGGGACGGCGUAGCGUGGGAUCGCCUGAACCUCCACCACCGCCACCACGUAACCACGAUACCAGUAACUCUUCCUUCAACGAUUCCAAGGAAAGUAACGAAAUUUCGGAAGCAGAGUGCGAUCGAGACAAUGGUCCUCGAGGCAACUAUGGCGCAACAGCCAAAUCAACCGAUGCCCUCAAUGCAGAGGAGACGGAAAAGUUGUUGAAACAAAGAAACGAAGUCAAACCCAAGUACGCCAAACAAACAGCAGCCCCCGCCAGUGCAGGACUCACAGCCUACGAUACUAUGGCAGUGUAAUCUGUAAACGACUGAUGACGAUGUGAGGACCUAACCAGGUAGUCCUCCCCGUAGAAUCCAACCAAUUUUUGAACCAUUUCACAACCAGAACCCGUAAGUAGCUGCUACACUUCCCCAGACCAUCCGAACAUGCUUCAACAACCAUACGUAUCGCGCUACAUCAUUUGAAAGAAAUAACUCGCUACCAUUUUACACCAUCGUGUCGUAUACAUACAUUACUCGCGUGCGCGUGACUUUGAUGCAACAUAACCUCUACAUAACAAGUGCUACCGACUACACCAGCUACGUGAGCAGCAGUUCGAUUGGGGUCUUCAGCAGCGGUCGAAGGAAGCCAUGCUCCUCCUCAUCGCUGUCGCUAUGGCGAAAACGAACGAAGCCGAGCUACUUGUGAGAGCCGAAUCCGAACCGAAUUGUGUAUGUAUUUGUAUUCCCAUGAGUGGCAGCCCUACAUGCGGUUUGUAUUUUGUGAAGGUUUUCUGCGUUCGGUGUCUGUUUUAUACUAGUUACGUGUAUGUAAUUGACAUAUGUAUAAGGAUAUUUCAGUCUUCGCUAUUGAUUGUGUAUUGAUAUUAACUAUUAAGUGCUGAUUUGUGAUCAAUUUUAUAGAUUUUUUUAAACGUUAUAUCGCUUUUAACAAAACGAUUCGGGUCGAGGAAAGUCACGCCAAAGCACUAUAAAAACAUUUUUCUCCAGAUUUCACAGACAUCACACAUUUUCAUACUCCAGUCUCUCGUCAUUAUUGUAGUAUAGUAUCGGGACAAAUGUUUUUCGACAACCUAUGAAUUAAAUUAGACUUAAAACCAAACAAUCCUAGCCCAGAAUUAAAACAAACUAUCGACUAACCCUCUAACCCUCUUUCGAUAACUCACUCACACAAACACGAUACGAACCACAUACUACUAAUACUACUACUACAGAACAACAAAACUCGUCAAGUAAAAUUGAUGAGUAAAAAUAAGAACAAAAUCAAUCAAACAUUUAAAAAGGAGAAUUAUUACGAUGUAAUGAUGUUCUAACUAGGCUGAAGAAAAAGUGGUGUGGAAAACAUGCGUUAUAUAAGAUUAAGAAAAAAAACAGAAAAGUACACGCGAAAAAGGAAACCGUGACAUUUGUGUAAGAAGUACAUGUUGAAGCGACCGCGAGUCAAGACUUUUUCUUUUCGUUCGGGUUAAAGAAAAACGGACUCGUGCGACAUAUUUGUCUCUCAAAAGGUAAGUAAUUACCAAACACAGAACAGAUACAGAUAAGAAAAACUAUUGUAAUUAUAAUUGGCUAUCAAAAAAAAAAACAGUGAAUCGCAGUGAAUGUAAUUUCAUCGUCCCAUUAAUCUGCGGCAUAGGCGCAAACUGGGCGGUUUUGGUGAACUACAACUGGAUCGUUUGGGGUGCAGGUCCGCGUUCUGGCCCGGUUGAGUGCGUUUAUCUAUGAUAAUUUUCUAGGUUAGGUUCGAUCACCACCAUACAGGGUUUAAUUUGUUUUAGGUUUAGGUUUUUAAUCAGUUUUUUUUUUCUAGUUUAACAAAACAAGCUUUAAUUUUGCUUCCAAACGAGCAUAUCCCCAUUUUAGCGUUUAAGUGUUUGUGUCUCCUUACCCGUAGAACUAUUCGAUAAGUGCAAAAUUUUGGAAAGAAAAAAGUUUUAAAACGCUGAAACGGAUAUUAAACUAGUAGUGGUUAGAAAGGUGCGUGUGUAUAUUGCCACGACGAUACCAAAAAAAGAAAAAGAAAACGAAACGAUAAACAAAAAGAAACGAAACGUCUGAAGAACUGAUCGACAAAAUUGCUCAAUUUUUAACUGCUGCUGCUUGAACGUUUUUUGUCCCUUCCUCGGUAGUUUGGAGGAAGUGUUCGAUAGAAAAAUACGAGAUAGAAAAGUUGGGAAACCAAUAGAAUGCGCAGUAGAGCAUAGAGCACCCGAUCGUAGUAAUGAGUAUGUGUUUAUUUUUUAGGUUAGGUUUUCUAGUAUGAAAUGUCAGGCAAUCCAUGCGACAGUGUCUUUUUGGGAUCCUCAAAACACGAAUUGAACUAAACAAUGCAAGAAGUCACGCUAUAAUCGACUUUUCAAGUCUCAAUAACAUGGUUUUGCUUUCGGCUCCGUCAAGUGACAUAGCGCCUGAGCCUGUCAACUAAAUGAACUUAUAAAUAAUAACGUCUAUGGAUCAAACAUCUAUAACUUCAUGAUUUAUUGAAACAUGAAAGUAAAUAGUCCUUCCAGCCUUGCAUGACCUUUCUGGAUCACCUUGACCACACCGGUUAUGUUCCGAAUGUCCCCAAGGAAGUGGUCGUUCUCACAAUGUUGUAAAAACCAAUCGUGCGGCACUUCAAAUAUCAUGAUUGGUUUGGGAAGUGAACAAAUACAGUCAACCUAGUCUCCCAUGACUUCAUUAGAACAACUUUGCCACACCGGAUAUGUUCCGGAUGUCCCCAGGGAAGUGAUCAAUCCCACAAUGUUGUCUAGGUCAAUCGAGUGGCAUUUCAGGAUUUGUCGAAACGUGAACAAAAACAGUCAAUCUAGAUUCCCUCCUCCUCCUCCUCUUCUUGGCAUAACGUCCUCACUGGGACAAAGCCUACUUCUCAGCUUAGUGUUCUAUGAGCACUUCCACAGUUUUUUAACUGAGAGCUUCCUCUGCCAAUGACCAUUUUGCAUGUGUAUAUCGUGUGGCAGGCACGAAGAUACUCUAUGCCCAGGGAAGUCAAGGAAAUUUCCUUUACGAAAAGAUCCUGGACCGACCGGGAAUCGAACCCGUCACCCUCAGCAUGGUCAUGCUGAAUACCCGUGCGUUUACCGCCUCGGCUAUAUGGGCCCUAGAUUCCCAUGACUACUCGAGAUCAUAUGGAUAUGGAUAUGUUCCGGAUGCCCCCCGGAAAGUGAUUAUUCUCACAAUGUUGUCUUAACCAAUCAAUCGUGAGACACCUCAAAUUUCAUGAUUGGUCGAAAUGUGAACAAACGCAGUCCAAUUGUCCAAUCUAGACUCCCACGACUACUUGAAAUCACACCGGAUAUGUUCCGGACUUAGACUUCGAUGACUUCUCGAAAUUAACUUGAUCACACCGAAUAUGUUCCGGAUGUCCCAGGAAAGUGUCUCACAAUGUUGUUAAAAUUAAUCGUGCGGCACGUCAAAUUUCAUGAUUUGUUGAAACAUGAAGGAAAACAGUUCAAUUGUCCAAUCUAGAUUUCCACGACUACUCGAGAUCAACCUGGUUACAGCGGAUAUGUUCCGGAUGUCUUCAGGAAGUGGUCAUUAUCACAAUGUUAUAAACAUCAAUCGUGGGACACCUCAAAUUUCAGGACUGGUCGAAAUGUGAACGAAAGUAGUCAAUCUAGACUCAAACGACUUCUCGAGAUCAACCUGGCCACACCGGAUAUGUUCCGGAUGUCCCCAGGAAAGUGGUCAUUCUCACAAUGUUGUGUAAACCAAUCGUGGGACACCUCAAAUUUCAUGAUUGGUCGAAACGUUAAGGAAAACAGUUCAAUUGGCCAAUCUAGACCCCCACGACUACUUGAAAUCAACCUGGCUACACCGGAUAUGUUCUGGACUUAGACUUCUAUGACUUCUCGAAAUCAACUUGAUCGCACCGGAUAUGUCCGGAUGUCCCAGGAAAGUGCCUCACAAUGUUGUUUAAAUCAAUCAUGCGACACCUCAAAUUUCAGUAUUGGUCGAAACGUUAAGGAACGCAAUCAAUCUAGACUCCCAUGACUUCUCGAGAUCAAGCUGGCCACACCGGAUAUGUUCCGGAUGACCGAAAGGAAGUGAUUAUUUCCAGAGUAUUGUUAAAAUCGUGAGACACAUAAAACUUCAUGACUUAUCGGAACAUGACAAUAAAUUGUCUUUGUAGGCUCUCGUGGCCUCUUAGGAUAGACUUGGCCACACUGGAUGUGUUCCGGAUGCCCCAGGGAAGUGGUCAUUCUCACAAUAUUGUCCAGGCCAAUCGAGUGACACCUUAAAUUUCAUGAUUUGUCAAAACGUGAAGGAAAAACAGUCUUUCUGACCUCUUGGGAUCAACCUGGUCACACUGGAUAUGUUCCAGACUUUCAUUCAUACUGCAAACCUAACCUGAAAAACAUUAGUUUUAGCUUAAGUAGUACACGCACACGGACUUUUAUAAGAUAUGAUAAGUCGAAAACAAAAACCUGUAAAAAUUGUGUCCUUUUGUGCACCAAUCUUGGCCUCGAGCUGUGACUUUCACCCUAAGCGACCAUUUUCCAAAAACCGCCGCCGCCAUCGCCAGAAAAAGAAGAGCAGAAAUCGCAGAAUGAAAAGCAUUUAUAUAUUAUUGAAUAAUGGUAUCCUUUUUGCUAGGUAUUAUAUAUAAUAAAUGAAGAAGGAAAGAAAAAAAAUACUAAUAACUAAUACACUGUAAACGAUUAUAAAUACUUCCUACUCAAAGUAAUCACUAUGAAACAAAAGAAAAAGAAGAAAACGCAUACACACAAACAAAACGACAGCAAAGAGAGCAAAGGAGACGAAGCGAAGAGCAGCAAACGUAUAAACCGACUCGGACUCAGUUAUUACGAAGCAUUAAGGCAAAAGUAAGAAGAAGAAGUAAAAAAAACGGAUAAGUAAUCACUUUUGUAAUUUAUUGAACAUAGCCAUGUAAGUGAAUAGGAACAAAUUUUUGAUACUGUGUGAUGAAAUUUUUCGGUCCUCUACGACACAACCAACUCGAUUCGACUUAUUUUCUCGGUAAAUGAACGCUAAGUUUGCCUCCUUGUAUAAAUUUAAUUCAACGGUAAACGGACUAAAAAUCUUUUCGGUCAAAUUUUGAUUCAAAAGUAAAA